AUGAUGACUACAGCUUGCUCAUCUUUAUUUGGUGACAAUCAUUCACCAUCUCCAGUUAUUUCAUUUGUUAUGUCGCAAAAAGAAAAGCCUUUGCUUGUAUCAGAUGAAUAUAUUUUCAAACUGAAUAAAACAACAACAACUAGUAAAUAUUGGAUAUGUGCAGAUAUUGCAUGUUCCGCAAAAAUUCAUACAAAUACAAAUAAUCAAUUAACUAAAAUGACCGGUGAACAUAGCCAUGUUCCUGAAAAAGAAACAAUAGCUGUACGUGAAUUUCGUGAAAAAAUUAAACAACGAGUAAUUGAGGAGACAACCCCUAUUCCCCGCAUUUAUGAUGAAGAGUGUGCUAAAGCGACGUUGUCAACUGCAGCAAUAGCUGUAUUACCAAGUGAACGUGAAAUAGGCAAGCAAUUAUUAUCUCUAUAUCUUUCUACUAGUAGUAAUGCUUUGUUAAUUUUAAGAUAG